GAAAAAGUCCAGGGACUGCUCAGGAGCUAUUUUCAGCCGUCUGAUUUCAGAGAUGUUCCUCAGCGUCAAUCAUCACCCGGGGAAAGAUCUUUCUGGGGAAUUUAAAGGGUCCCACAGUGGGAACAGACCUUCCACUCCCUGAGACGCCACCAGAGAAGCGCUCCACAGGACAGACUAUAAUUCUUGAACAAUGCCAAACUUGGGUGGAGGUGCCAAGUGCGGAGCUUGCGGGAAGACGGUUUACCACGCUGAAGAGAUACAAUGUAACAGCAGAAGCUUCCACAAGCCGUGUUUCAUCUGCAUGGUAUGCAGGAAAGCCCUGGACAGCACCACAGUGGCAGCUCAUGAGUCUGAGAUAUACUGCAAGUCCUGCUACGGUCGGAAGUAUGGCCCCAAGGGGUACGGGUACGGGCAAGGAGCUGGCUGCCUGAGCACCGACACCGGGGAGAGAUUUGGCAUCGAAGUGGCUGAGACCCACCCAUCCCGCGGCUCCCCGACCACCACACACACCUCCAAGUUUACGCAGAAGUUCGGUGCCACGGAGAAAUGCAACAGAUGUGGGAAAUCGGUCUAUGCCGCUGAGAAAGUUAUGGGCGGAGGAAUGCCUUGGCAUAAAACUUGCUUCCGCUGUGCAAUCUGCGGGAAGAGUCUGGACUCCACCACUGUGACGGAGAAGGAUGGAGAAAUCUACUGCAAAGUUUGCUAUGCUAAGAACUUUGGUCCAAAGGGAAUCGGGUUCGGAGGCCUGACACAGGUGGAACAGAAAGAAGGAUGAACCGGAGAAGAGUCUGCCGGAAUUAUAACCAUCCCAGAAAGCUGGAGUGCAACGAUUUCUAGAAGUCCGCCAUCUUGGAUUUCUCUGAUCAAUGGAAACUUUUCGUUUUUCUAUUAAGCAAAUGUGUUUUUACCUCUGAUUAUCAAUAAAAAUCGAUGUGCAUGCACACCUCCACCCAA